CCCUUCUGUGAUUCCCGUAUAUAAAUGUGAUGAACAACACUGCCGCAGAUUAUUGAGUGACAUUAUAGAGCAUGCUUUCAUUUACUUCUGACUGAUUUAUACUACUCUGUUGACUGCAGUUGGGAUUACAAAUGGCGUGUCCUGCAAAUCAGACAGUGGAAAUGAACCAAGCCCUCCUCCCCCUCGACUGGCUUCUGGGUACCUGGGAGUCGGAUGAACCUGGUGAGGGCUGUUUUCCCUCCAUAAAACCUUUCCGCUACAUAGAGAUGCUGAACUUCAGCCAUGUGGGACAACCAGUCAUCAACUUCACGUUCAACGCCUUCCAUACAGACACCAAAAAGCCAUUGCACAGGGAGUGUGGCUUCAUUCGAAUGCAGCCGGGAGCCAACAGAGUGGCAUUCAUUAUCGCACAGAACUCAGGUCUAGUGGAGAUUGAGGAGGGGGAGCUGACCGGGCAGCAGCUGAAUCUGCAGAGCCAGGCGCUGGCCCGAACCUCCUUUGCCAGAGAGCCGCAUGUGCAGAAGAUUUCUCGAGUGAUUCAGCUCCGAUCAGAUGGGAGGCUGGAGCAGACGAUUUCCAUGGCAACAGACAACCAGCCUCUGAUGCAGCACUUGCACAUCACCUACCGUCGGUCAUCAUGACCCGACGGGCUGCUCGGCUUCUUAUAAUAGCAAUACUUUGGUCAGGAGAGCUAGAUAAUGCUGAGAGAGGUCUUGACGAAUAAUCACCAUUAAGUCAAAUAAUCAUUUUAAACUAUUUGGGUUAGGGUGUGCAUUAUUACAUUACAUAUAAUAACUGGGAUUCAGGCAGUACAGUGAGAAAUGUGUGGGGUUAUAUUCAAAAAUAGAAAAGGCCAUGUGGAGUUUUUUUAUGAACAAACACAAGUUGUGAUUACAUUCAAUUUCAGUAACCAAAACACCUUGUGUGUGUUCAUGAGGUUUUAAAAAAGCACUUUAUCCUCCUCAUAGAACAAGUUAUUUAUAUUACUCCUAUUUACAGCCUUGUUUUCUGGCGAGCAGUCUUCCUUCUUCCCUGCCUUUGCUGGCAUUUUGCUGUAUAUCUCAACACAUUACCAUCGUCUUUAGGUUACUGAAAUAGAGUUAAGCCAGAAACUAGAGGUAUAAAACUCCACAGGGACAAUUUAAUUAAAAAAUAUCUCUUAUUGCACUUAAUGGCUUUGAGUAAGUACAGGUGCUUGUGUUAUAUUGUUGUCUGGAUAUUUAUUCUUGGAGCUGGUCAGCUUUUAAAGCAAUGCUGAACUAAUGUUGUACUGUCUUCUCGUGUCUUUAACUUUCAUUGCACUAUGUUUAAAAUGAAAGCUAAAUUAACUGCUGUUUUGCUGGGAUGAAUGAAAAGGGUUUAUGUGUAAAAAGUCAGAGAGAGCUACUAUGAGUGUUAUUGUAGUUAUGGUAAGAGUUUCAUUGAUGUGUUUCAGAUUGGUUUAUGUCUGCCAAUAGACAGGUUCAUAAAUAAUGUUCUCACACGGGUUGCAUUAAAGUUAUUUGACUUAA